GAAAAUACUUGUUUCACAAUCUAUUUUUUGGCACUAUCACUCCCAAAUUCAAGUUUAGUUCUGUCUCCCAAAUUCAAGCUCUCUCUCUUGCCCGCCCAAGGUUUAAAGUUAGAAUAUGAUCUCCAAAGGCUCAAUUCAUCGAAGAAUGAAGCAUAAUUUCUUCAAAUAUCUACCAUUAGAGAUCCUCACCGAUAUCCUAUUGAGACUUCCUCUUGAAGACAUUGCAACUUGCAAAUGUGUUUGCAAACCGUGGCUCAAUCUCAUUGAGACUGACUAUUUUUCUAAGUCACAUCUUUCUAAAUCCGGCCCCGUCCUUGUGGUCUCGAUACCGUCUACAAAUUCAAAUUGGUUCAAUGUUUUCAAAUUGGAAGAGAAGCCCAAACGCAAGCCGAUUCCAAUCACCAAGUUUGAUUUCCCCCAAGCAUCAACAAUACAAGGUUCUUCCAACGGUUUGCUUCUUCUGAAAAAUCCUUUUCGCGAUCAUCUUUAUGUAUGUAAUCCUAUCACCCGUGAAUUUGUUGAACUCUGUGGCCGUCUUACUCGCCCUCGAGAAGAUUGUUAUGGAAUUGGAGUGAGCAGAAUAAGCGGACAACAUAAGGUUGUCUAUCUCAACCCUACCUACGACGGAUGUCAUGUAUACACUCUUGAAUCAGGUUCUUCAUGGAGACGCGUUGAAGGUGUUAUCCCCUCGUUUGAUUGUUGUCACAGCUCCGUUGCUGCAUUUGUUAGUGGCAAUCUCUAUUGGUUUGUUUCUAAAUUUAGGAAGCCCCCUUUCAUUUGCUGCUUUGAUCUUGAGACAUAAUGUUUUAGCACUUUCUCUCCACCAAUUGAAUGUCUCAAGAGAAACAACGUUAACAAGGGAAUGUUGUGUACUUUAGGAGAUUGUCUGUGUUUUUGUGAUGACGAACCAGAAUUUAAAGGUGACUAUUAUCACGUGAUCUGGUUGCUGAAGGAAUAUGAAUUAGUUGAGAAAAGUUGGUGCAAGGUAUGUGUCAAAAUCAGGCAAGGACCUCAAUUAGAUGUCCUCAUCAAACAUCCUCAUUAUGGUCAUGGUUUACACAAACGUCUUCUGCCUAUCAAUGUGUACCAGAAUGGAGACAUGUUGAUGUUAUGGAAUGAGGAACACUUUCUAUACUACUCUAAAGAGAGGAGAAGUCUUAAAAAUAUUGGUUUGUUUGGUAAA